UGAGAUAAAUUCUAUUUCUUCUACUAGUGAUUAUAUUGGUAGAUAAAAACAUUACCAAACCUCCUUGCUUCCUUUUCUGACGAAACAAAACCAAGUAUACGCUAUUUCUCUUUGCCAAUCACUUCCCCUUUCUUUUGUGACGUGCUAUUCAGUUCUCUUUCUCACCUUCAGUUUCGUUUGGCUCGCUGUUCUUGUCUUUUCAGUUGGAGCAAGAGCAAGAGAGAAUCCAGGCUAAUUCAGGAGAGGCGGAGGAAGCGGCAGCCCGGGCCGCCGCGCCUCGAGCUGGUGGUAGCGCACCCGCGGGAGGAGGAGAUGGCCGGGCUCGACGGCGGCGGCGACGCCGAGGAGGGGGCCACGCAUGCCCGCGGCGGCGGCGGCGCGCCGCCGCCGUGGCGGGAGCAGCUGACGGCGCGCGGGCUGGUGGCGAGCCUGGCCGUGGGCGCCAUGUACAGCGUCAUCGUGAUGAAGCUGAACCUUACCACGGGCCUCGUCCCCACGCUCAACGUCUCAGCCGCGCUCAUCGCCUUCGUCGUCCUCCGCGGCUGGACGCAGGCGCUCGCCCGCCUCGGCUUCGCCGCCCGCCCGUUCACGCGGCAGGAGAACACCGUCGUCCAGACCUGCGCCGUCGCCUGCUACAGCAUCGCAGUUGGAGGUGGGUUUGGUUCUUACUUGCUUGGGCUCAACAAGAGGACUUACGAGAUGGCGGGCGAGGACACGGAGGGCAACGUGCCGGGGAGCUACAAGGAGCCCGGCAUUGCGUGGAUGACUGGAUUCCUUCUCGCCGUCAGCUUCGUCGGACUUCUCGCUCUCGUCCCUCUUAGGAAGGUCAUGAUAAUUGACUACAAAUUAACUUACCCAAGUGGGACUGCAACAGCUGUGCUUAUAAAUGGAUUCCACACACCUCAUGGGGAUGCAAUGGCAAAGCAGCAAGUAAAUGGAUUCACCAAAUAUUUUGCUAUGAGUUUCUUUUGGAGCUUCUUCCAGUGGUUUUACUCUGGUGGAGACAAUUGUGGGUUCUCGCAGUUUCCAACUUUUGGACUAAAAGCUUGGCAACAAACAUUCUUCUUCGAUUUCAGUCUCACAUAUGUUGGGGCAGGGAUGAUUUGCUCCCACCUUGUUAAUCUGUCUCUCCUACUCGGCGCCAUUCUCUCAUGGGGAGUAAUGUGGCCACUGAUCAGUGAUUUGAAAGGGGAUUGGUAUUCAGCAGAUAUACCUGAAAGCAGCAUGAAAAGCCUGCAAGGGUACAAGGCCUUCAUCUGUGUAGCUCUCAUCCUAGGUGAUGGCCUAUACAAUUUUGUGAAGAUAGUUGCACUCACUAUUAAGAAUCUGUUUGAUAGCUCAAAACUGAAGAAUGCAAAGAAGGGGGAAGACAUGCCAGUGCUCGAUGAACUUCAUCGUAAUGAAGUUUUUACAACAGACAAUAUUCCUUCCUGGCUAGCCUUCUCUGGUUAUCUUGGAUUAACUUUUAUUGCAGUAAUUGCCAUUCCCAUGAUGUUCCAUGAGAUGAAGUGGUAUUAUGUUGUCAUAGCAUACUUAUUGGCGCCUGCCCUUGGUUUCUGCAAUGCCUAUGGAGCAGGCCUAACUGACAUCAAUAUGGCCUACAAUUAUGGAAAGAUUGCCCUCUUCAUUCUUGCAGCCUGGGCUGGGAAAGACUCUGGUGUAGUUGCUGGCCUAGUAGGCUGUGGUUUGGUGAAAUCGCUGGUGUCCAUAUCUGCUGAUCUGAUGCAUGAUUUCAAGACGGGACAUCUAACAUUAACAUCACCGAGAUCGAUGAUUAUUGCUCAGGCCAUUGGAACUGUCAUGGGUUGUGUAAUUUCACCACUAACUUUCUUCUUGUUCUACAGUGCCUUUGACAUUGGCAACCCAGAAGGGUACUGGAAAGCACCAUAUGCUCUAGUCUACCGAAACAUGGCGAUUCUUGGUGUUGAGGGCUUCUCUGCUCUGCCCCAGCAUUGCUUGCAGCUCUGCUAUGGGUUUUUUGGCUUUGCAGUGGCAGCUAACCUUACGAGGGACCUUUGCCCACCGAAGUAUGGGAGAUGGGUUCCCCUACCGAUGGCAAUGGGGGUUCCUUUCCUGGUUGGUGCAAGCUUUGCCAUCGACAUGUGUAUCGGGAGCCUGAUAGUCUUCACCUGGCAUAUAAUUGACAAAAGCAAAGCAGCACUAAUGGUGCCAGCAGUUGCAUCUGGUUUGAUAUGCGGGGAUGGUCUUUGGAUCUUCCCUGCGUCCUUGCUUGCUUUGGCCAAGAUCAGCCCACCAAUGUGCAUGGCAUUUAGGUCUACAAACUAGAGGAGUAGCAGGGAUUAUAAUUACAUGGCAGUUCCAUCUACUACAGGAAAGAUGCAGCAAUGCAAUAAUGAAGUAUUAUAUGGGAUUCCUGGAGGUACCUGUGCAGUAAAUAUUGGAAAGGUACCAAACAUUGUUACCAUUUCCAUGUCAAUGAAGUAAGACAACAGAUUCAAGAUAAUUCAUCUCAUAACAAUGGCGUAUUUUUAUUGCCUCAUCUCUUACCAAUGUGAUUUAUGGUUUUAGCCUGUAGGCGCUAAUAGAAGAAAUUUUGUAUAGUAGAGAAAUGUUUAGUGUAUACAUGUAUAUAUUUGGUGAUAAGUUGGACCCGAAGACCGAAUAUUGUAACAGGUCUCUUUCAAGAUCAGCUGAUCCAAUUCUUACUUUGCCAGUUUCCAGCUGAUUUCAGCUAAUGGUUUCAUCUGAAGAUAUGUUA